AUGGCUCAAGAAUCAAAUGCGGCGCAGCUGGAGGAAGACAUUCUGUCUGGUCCACAGACUGGACAAGACAAAAAACGCACAUUAUGGAAGCGUUUCAACACAUUUGUUUCUAAUCGAGUACUAGAACGAUUUCCAAUCGGAAAGAAAUCUGUACCGCCUACUUCUCCAGCAGCAGAAGACGCAGCUACUGCGACCGAAAGCACGUCAUUGGAUGAACAAGGGAGCCGCGUGUUCCGUCAAUUCCAGAGAUUUCCUCCAGAACUACGUCUAUUGGUCUGGAAUUUGGCGUCAUCACCACGCAUAUUAGGUUACCUUGUUGUCCGCAAUCUUGGGCGGUUCUUAAGGGACCCGUACUGGACUUUUGUGCAAACAACCAUUGCCUAUUUAUUCAGUCACGUCUCCUCUGAGUCUCGGCAGGAAACACUAGAGCGUGAAGCACAACUAAGUACAGGACACGGGCGCCGCGAAGUCAUAAGACAAACAGAUAAUGUUGUAUUCUUGAUGAGUCUGAGUCUCGGUCGCCGUGUUGAUCCUCUCCAAACUCUCGUGGAACAAGUAAAGAGAUCGCGACGGUCGAGACCAAAGCUGCCUAGGAUGGCCUUUCAGUACAAUCGGAGAUCGUUGACUUUCGAAAACUUCGAAAAUGACAUUUCUGUCUGGGGGCAGAUAAGAAGAUUGAAUUAUUUUGGGGUGGAGGAACUGAUCUUUGUUUUGGGGCGAGGCAUAAUUUGUCGCGAUCCUGGCGUGAGGUUCGUGGAGCCAACGAAAAGUCCAAAAGAUGCUAUUCGAAAAAGAAAAGAUCUCGAUUAUCUGAUGAAAGAAUGCAACGUUAGCAAAUCGAAGGAUUUGACAUGGCAACUUAUCGCCGAUUCAACGGAAAGGAGGAUCCAGAUCAUUAGAACACAAUGGAUUGAACAUAGAGGGAGAUUGCAACGCGAGGGCAUUGAUCCGGACGGAGUUCCUUGGGCUAUACGUUUCCGGGACCCUUCGACAUGGACAUUCAAGAAAGUCACUUAUGUCGAAGCUACCACACGAAGGAAACUUGGACCGAAGAAAAAACUAUCAAUAAGAAUGAGGGAAAAGGGGCGUUGGCUCAAAGACGCUAUCAAAGAUACGUUGCAAUCAGGCUAA